UUUUUCUAGAUUUACUAGUUAGAAAAUGUUUAGAUAGAAAUUUUAAAAACUAUACAUAUAACUACACAAACACAUUUACAAUCAGAAUAUUGACCUCUUACUCGAUGAACUUAUUCUCUCCCUCUAAUGGCUUUAGUAUCACUCGAAUGCUAAUAACUUUAGCUAGAAGCAGAUCUCAGGUUUGUGUUUUCAACUGUCUAUGGAAACUCUCUACUUGGAAACCCCACUCCACCUCAUAUCUGACACAUUCAAAAACAAACUCACAAUGUCCCAUACUAACUGGCUAUUUUCUCCAACGUGUGAUGUCUAAUAAUCUAAUAAUAACAUUAUAGCAUUGGUGUGGUCCCUGCUUUACAACGUGCUCUACUGUAUGUCACUGUGUACACAGUAUUUCAGUGAUUCUUCUACUGUGUGAGAUAAAAUAUCAUCAUCAUAUUCAUUUAGAGAUGAGAAAAUCGAGAAGAGAGGUUAUGCGGCACGUGCAAGGUCUCCAAGUUCGUCAGCAGCAUAACUGGUUUGGGCCUGCCUUCCGACUGCAAAGCCUGCGUUCUUUCCACAAUGCUAGACCCUCAUUUGAAACCAUCUUUCAGCCUCCAAACCUUGCUUUGGGAGCUUCUUUUUUUUCACCCUCUUCAGUGAUUUAUUCACCAUCUGUGAUUUAUUCACCAUCUCUCUUAUAGGUAAUUCAGCAAAUCCAUUUUAUUAUAGUAACAGGGGAUAUAGCAUCUACCAUACUAGUAUUAAGCAUUAGGUAUAUCCAUAAUAAUUCUGAGACAGUUAAUAUUUAAUAGUUAAAUAUCACACACAGGAGGAACCUAACAGCAUAAAAUGGCUCAGUAACUUUCUGAAAGUCAAGCGCACAGCAAGUGGCAAAGCUGGAUUCAAAUGCAGAGAUUUCUGAAUUCAGGCUCUUGUCACUGCAAUACUGCCAACCCUCAGGACCCUUAGAAACCAUCUGGUUUUUAUGCCUUAUUUUGCACCCCAGUCUAACUAUUGCAAUUUCCUUCUUCAUUUUCCUCUUUCUAGUCUCUUUCUUCCUAACCAGUUCUAACGCAAGUCAAUUAGUUUUUCAGAAGUCUCUCUCUUCUCAUGUUUUUUCCUGCUUUGAAACUCAAGUGUUCUCUUUUACUUAAUAGAUCAAGAUCCAACACUAAUUUGACAUUUAACCAAGACUCUCUACAAGUUGACUAUCUCUUACUGGCUGUGUAACUUCUACAGAAGGCAAACUGAGUAAGUUAAUUUAUGCAAAACACAUAGAACAGCACUUAAGAUUCAGUGUUAACCAUUAUUACCGAGAGGCAGCACAGACUGUGCUCACAGAAUAGGCUUCAGAGCCAACCUGCCUUGUUCUAAUCACAGGAUUUUAAUCCUGCCACUUCCUGAGUAUUUAAUCUUAGUAAACUGUUAUUCUCUCGAGCGUGUUUCCUUGUUCAUAAAAAGAAAAAAUGGGCUCUUUCCCUAAGCAGCCUGAGGUAAUCUGUGAAAAAUGGUUCGCUAUUCACUUGACCCGGAGAACCCCACGAAAUCAUGCAAAUCAAGAGGUUCCAAUCUUCGUGUUCACUUUAAGAACACUCGUGGAACUGCUCAGGCCACCAAGGGUAUGCAUAUACGAAAAGCCACGAAGUAUCUGAAAGAUGUCACUUUACAGAAACAGCGUGUACCAUUCCGACGUUACAAUGAUGGAGUUGGCAGGUGUGCGCAGGCCAAGCAGUGGGGCUGGACACAAGGUCGGUGGCCCAGAAGGAGUGCUGAAUUUUUGCUGCACAUGCUUAAAAAUGCAGAGAGUGAUGCUGAACUUAAGGGUUCAGAUGUAGGUUCUCUGGUCAUUGAGCAUAUCCAAGUGAACAAAGCACCUAAGAUGUGCCGCCGGACCUACAGAGCUCAUGGUCGGAUUAACCCAUACAUGAGCUCUCCCUGCCACACUGAGAUGAUCCUUACGGAAAAGGAACAGAUUGUUCCUAAACCAGAAGAGGAGGUUGCCCAGAAGAAAAAGAUAUCCCAGAAGAAACUGAAGAAACAAAAACUUACGGCACGGGAGUAAAUUCAGCAUUAAAAUAAAUGUAAUUAAAAGGAAAAAAAAAAAAAAAGAAAAAAUGGUUACCUAAAGAGAGUUGGGAGAAUUAAAUGAGUAAAUAUAUAUAAUGUACUUAAAAUAGUACCUACUACAUAAUAAGCAUUCAGUAAGUUUUAAGUACGAUUAUCAUCAUCUCAAUAAUUCAUUUUUCCCAUAAGUCUUCAAUACAAACUCUCUAGGCCAGCUGGUGUUUCCUGCAAGUGCCAUUAUUUUAAAUCUACAAAUCACACAAGGCCAUUCCCAGCUCCCAUCCUGUUUAGAUUUCCUCAGCCUAGAACGAACCCCCCUACACCAUCAUCCAGUCUUUUCUUCCUGGCUAAAUCCUACCUACUCACUCUUCAGGGUCCCUAUAAUUUCUUUUUGAGGUCAAUUCUGAUGAUACUUGUUCUCUAAGUCUUCUACUGUUUUGAAUAUAAAACUAGCACUUUCAUUAUAAGCUGCCUUAUUUUCUGUUUUAUUUGUGUUUAUUUCCCUGAUAAGGUCUAAGCUGUGCCUGGUGGGCAGGGCUUGUAUUUUAUGCAUCUUUAUAUUCCUUGUACAACCAGCAUUCCAUAGAGGUCUAUCAAGUCAAAUGCACGAACCAAGUUAGGCUUUCAGAAGUCUAGGUUUGCCUCCUGAUUAAGAAAACAAAUGUACUAUAAAUGACCACAUUGCUUAAUCUUCCUAGACCUACAGCUUCCUCAUCUGUGAAACCUGAACACCUCCAAAUGACCUAUUAAGAAUAAACCAAUAAAGUAUUUCCGUUAGUUUCAAGAGAACUAUAUAAAAAAGUUUGUAUGUAGUAACAAAUCAAGCAGGGACUUAAGGGAAAGAGAAAUGGUUAGACAAAUUAGGAGACAUAGUAUGUAUAGUAUUAGAUGACUUGUGUGAAAAUACAAUGACAGAGAUAAAGGAGGACAAGAGAACAUGGCCAUUAGUACAUUAACAAUUCUUAUGAGGGUUGAAAAGGCACAAAAAGAAGAAACAUCUCAGGGCAGACAAGGUUUUGAGGGAGGGAGGUACCUUUGUGAACUUCUGCUUCUAGGAAUAUUAAUUUUAGUAUUUUCGCUAUUGGUCAAAAGAUUUGCCUACUUUUUUUUUUUUUUUUUUUUUUGAGGUGGAGUCUCACUCUGUCAACCAGGCUGCAUGAAGUGCAGUGGUGCGAUCUCAGCUCACUGCAACCUCCGUUUCCCGGGCUCAGACAAUUCCUCCACUUCAGCCUCCUGGUUAGCUGGGAUUACAGGCAUGCACCACCACGCCCAGCUAAUUUUUUAAUUUUUACUUGAGACAGGGUUUUACCACGUUGGCCAGGCUGGUCUCAAACUCCUGACCUCAGGUGAUCCACCCACCUUGGCCUCUCAAAGUGCCGGGACUACAGGCGUGAGCCACCACACCCGGCCAGAUUUGCCUGCAUUUUUAUAGAAAACAAGAGACAAGGGAACUUGUUGGAUGAAGAGGAAUCAGGUGAGAAAGAGAGUUAAACGUCAUCGCCAAGGGUCUGGUACAUUCAGAAAAAAAGAGUUUAUCAGGUAAAACAGUAAAACAGACAUAUGCAUUGUACUUAAAGAAGAUGGUCUCUAGUUAAAGUAUGAAAUACAGGAAAGUCUUCAGUGGACAAGAAAAAUUCAUUUAAUCAUUCAACAAAUACUUAUUGACCAUUACUAUGAGCUAAGACCUGCUAAGGUCUAGGGACACAGCAGUAAGUAAAACAGACAUGGUUCUUACCUUCAUGGAGUUUACAGAUAAAUGAGAGACAGAUAUUAAGUAAACAAAAUUACAAAUAAUUAAUUAUGAAGAAAAAAUGACGAUUUCAGAACAAAAAGAUAAGUAACACAGGUAAAAUAAAAUGACAACGUUUCAGGCACUACUAUAGAAGCUGCAAAACGUUAAGAAAUAUUA